AAAUAAAAGCAGGUGAACCAGCAAUCCAAAAGGCGAGGAACCUGUCUGAUCAUAUUUACCAAAUAGAUGGACUUGGAGACUGUUUGAAACCUCUUAAAAUCACAGCUGUGCCUCGGAGACAAAACCAGAGUUAAAACUCAGCUCUCAAGUCAUUCAGAAAAUAAGGAAUCUGGUAGCCUGAGAUGAAAAAUGACGCGGGCGGGUGGUUGUUGCUUUGUGUACGUGGGGUAGGUUGUCUCGUUUUCUUUUAAAACCAAGGAAAUAGUUUGAAAGCGGUUUGUCGGUAUGAAGAAGGCUGGCCAUGUGGAAAGCAAAGACAGCUGGGGGCAGUCCAGCACUGAGCUACACCCCUGAACCGCCGGGCAGGGUAGUCAAAGACCUCUCGCAAAGCACGGCGCUGUCUGUCGGCAGAGCACCUCACCCGCGGGUGCCUCCCCUCCCGGCAGCGCGCAGAAGGGAGCGGUGGCACAGCCGGGAGAGGCGGGCUCACAGCUGCCGUCUCCCGCUGGCCGCGGAGCCGCUCGGGGCGGCCCGGCCCGGUCCGGUCCGGUGCGGUCCGUGCGAGGCGCGGGCGCAGCCGCGGCCCCGAGGCGGGAGGAUGCGGGCGGCGCCCGGGGCGCAGCCGGAGCGGCCCUUCAAGCUCAGGAAGAGUCUCGCCACCCGGCGGGAAGAAGUAGCAGGGAUCCGAGCCAAGUUCCCGACAAAAAUCCCGGUAAUUGUUGAGAGAUACCAUAAAGAGAAAUACCUUCCUCUCCUGGACAAAACCAAGUUUCUGGUUCCCGAGGAGCUGACCAUGGCACAGUUCAUAACCAUCAUCAGAAGCAGGAUGGCUCUAACAGCUACACAAGCUUUCUACCUGCUGGUGAACAACAAAAGCCUAGCCAGUAUGUCCUUGACAAUGACAGAAGUCUACAGGGACUACAAAGAUGAAGAUGGCUUUGUGUAUAUGACCUAUGCUUCCCAGGAGAUGUUUGGAUGCUUAUUAUCCACUGCCCAAGGGAAGACAAUGGAAUGCUUUCAGAAAACUUAAGAAUGGGUUCAUAUGCUGCAGCAAAGCAGUUUGCUCUGAAUCAUGCCUGUGACAUGAACCUCGGAGAUGCUCCUUCCAGUGUGAGCUCUUGAGCUCUGUAGUGGGAGUUAUGACCCAAAAGCUGGCAGGACCAGCUUAAGACAGAAAUGGUGGUACACUUUCCCUAGGUUAAUAAUUUGUAUAUAUAUUUUUAUAUUUGAAGACACUAUGGGUUAGGGCUUUUUUCUUUUGAACUGCACCUCCACUGUUUUGCAAUAUCAGUCUUUGCUGUGUAACUGAUUUUUAAGGUUUCCUGAAAGCCAAGGUCUAAGAGGAAAAUAAAGAACCUUUUAAGUA